UGUCUGUCGGUCAGUCUCCGGGACCGCCUGCCUGCUGUCCAGCUGUCCAGCUGUCCAGCUGUCCUGCUGUCCGCAGAUCCGUCUCCUCUGAAGACAUGCAGCUGCAGGACGGAGGGUUCUGCUCGCCGUUCAGGAGGAACUUGCAGCAAACUCUCACCUACUGGAGCGUGUUCUUUAGUUUCGGCUUGUGCAUCGCGUUCCUGGGCCCGACCAUCCUGGACCUGCGGUGCCAGACCCAGUCCAGCCUGCAGCAGAUCACCUGGGGCUUCUUCUGCCAGCAGGUGUCCCUGCUGGGGGGCAGCGGCCUGGGGGGGCAGCUGAGGAACAGCCUUGUGACCUCCCUGACGGCCCUUCUGUGCUCUACUCUCGUCAUCUCACUCAUGUUCGCCAUCAUACCAUUCUGUCACCAUGUAAUCCUGCUGUCCGUGGCCAUGGGUCUGGGUGGUCUGGCCAUGGGGGUCAUAGACACCAUUGCCAACUUGCAGCUGGUCAAAUUGUACCAGAAGGACUCGGCCAUCGCUUUGCAGGCUUUGCAUUUCUUCAUAGGGCUGGGAGCGCUGAUAAGCCCUCUGGUUACCGAACCUUUCCUGUCAGAGGACAGCUGUGUCCUGGGAUUCAACUCAACCACCAACACGUCUUCUUCCUGGAAUCUGCAUCACCUCCGUAACACCCUGGCCGGGUCUGGAGCCGCGCUGCACAACACAUCCCAAUACCCUUUGUACGUUGAGGGUAUUGUUGUCACCAAGGUGGCAUAUGCUUUCUGGAUCAUGGCCCUUAUCAAUCUCCCCGUGCCAGCAGCAGUGCUGGCGCUGAUGCACCACCAGAGACUGCUGCCUUGCUCAAGCACCAGUCCCCGUCUGCUGGACAGAGAGCCCGGGUCCCACUCUGCCGGGGACGGCUGCCACGGAGACAGAAGUUUGUUUGAUUGCUGUAAAAGUGCCAACGUCCAGGAUCGUCCGACCACGUUCUUUCUCCUCCACGUGCUGGGCGGAGCUAUCGUCUUCAUCACUGAUGGAAUCAUUGGCUCCUACGCCGGCUUUGUCUACACAUACGCCGUGUCCCCUCCUCUGCUGAUGAGACAUCAACUAGCCGGCUACCUGGACAGCGUAUUCUGGGCCUCCAUCACGGCAGGACGACUGGCCUUCAUUUACUUCUCCUGCAGAUACACGGCGCCCGUGCUGAUCACCAUCAGUCUGGUGGGAGUGAUCCUGGUCCAGUGCUUACUUCUCUUCUUCUACACCAGCGGUGCGUUUCUCUUCAUAGCUACAUGUGUGUUGGGUUUCUGCAUCAGCAGUGUCUUCCCCUCCAUGUUGGCGUUCACAGAGGACACAUUAGACUACAAAGGUUGUGCUACAACAGUCCUGGUGACGAGUGCCAGCACCGGAGAGAUGACGCUACAACUACUCAUUGGAUCAGUGAUCCACAGCCGGGGCUCGUACUCCUUCCUGUUGAGUUCUGCAGUCACGUCUGUCCUCAGCUUCUGCCUGUUCCUGCUGCUGCUGCACACCCAACGCCUGCACCGGAACCAGUACACUGAUUCAUUUGAAAGUAUUGACAUGAAAGAGAAGCCAAAGACAGGAGACACCUGACCAGAUCAGAGAGGACUGGGAACGGGAACUGGAACUGGAACUGGAACGUCGUACCAAAUCAUCUUCCAAAUCAGAUUGGACUCAAUGUUGUAAAUCCUGUCCAGCUGUCGGUCCCGUCAUCAGGAUCAACACGCAGAGAUUCCACUGUUGGAACAAUCAUCCUUUCAAAAUCUACAGUUUUAGUCUUAAAACAUGUUUUGUAAUUCAUGAUGUAAGUGGAGUGUUCAGAUCUCACAUGUAUCAGUAACUUCUUAGUGGACAUGAUACACACAAAUAAUACAAGGCUGCUCAGUAAGAGAUGCAUUUAUUCUUGGUCUCAUUAAUGUUCCUGCUUCGCAAACGUCCUCUGGUUUUUGCACAUCGAUACGCCACUUAAGACAAGCAGCUUGUAAACAUUUAAAGAAUAUCAAACAAAAAGAAUAGGACAAAACAAAAAGAACAACUGUUACAACCAAAAACGUAAUAAUGGCCAAUAACGUAAUAAUUUUGGCCAUUUCAAAUGUAAUAAGGCCAAUAGUG